CUUGAGCAUGCAGUGUCGUAUGUACAUAAGAAACCCUUGUUAGAGUCACUUUCAGUUUGAAUAAAAAACUCGCUCAUAUUUUUGAGCGCCAGCUUUGGAGGGACCUUCGCCCAUAACCUUAUCUAUAUAUUCUAUAAUCUUCGACCAAAUCUCAGAGGGCACUUCAUCAUAUUUCACCCACCGGCGAAGUUGAUUUUUCUAGUUCCACAGUAAAUGGCGGUUUCUUCCGAAUUCGAUCCUUCGCUUGCGCUUUCUCACAAGUUCCCCGAUACUUCGCACUCUUAUACCGAAAGAGAUGCAGCGCUUUAUGCAUUAGGCGUUGGAGCUUGUGCCUGGGAUGCUGUGGAUUCAGAUGAGCUUAAAUAUGUUUAUCAUGAAAACGGACAGGAGUUUAUUAAGGUCUUACCUACAUUUGCUGCUCUAUUUACAUUUAAUUCCAUGCCGAAUGGUUUUGUUAUCCCUGGCUUGGAAUAUGAUCCACGCCUUCUGCUGCAUGGACAACAAUACAUAGAGUUGUACAAACCAUUACCUUCCAACUGUCAUGUAAACCAUAAAGUCUGUCUUGCAGGAUUACAUGAUAAAGCUAAAGCGGCAAUUUUGGAGUUUGAAACAAAAAGUUAUGAGAAAGAGUCAGGUGACUUACUAAGCGUGAACAGGACAACUGUGUAUCUGCGUGGUGCUGGUGGCUUCUCAAAGUCAUCUAAACCAUUUUCUUACACAAACUACCCUCGCAACCAGGUUCCAACUGUGAAAAUUCCUGAAAAUAAACCUUUUUCGGUGUUUGAGGAUCGUACUCAACCAUCUCAGGCAUUGGUAUAUAGGCUAUCCGGUGACUACAACCCUCUGCAUUCAGAUCCAAUGAUUGCAAAGGUUGCUGGAUUCUCGCAGCCGAUAUUGCAUGGUUUAUGCACAUUAGGAUUUGCAGUUAGAGCAAUCAUAAAAUGCAUAUGCAAAGGGGAUCAAGACAAAAUAAAAAGCAUAUCAGGCCGUUUUCUCCUCCAUGUCUAUCCCGGUGAAACUCUAGUUACUGAGAUGUGGCUUGAAGGCUCGGGGGUUAUAUAUCGGACCUUGGUGAAAGAGCGAAAGCGCACAGUCCUUUCUGGCUACGUUGAACUGCGUGGAUUGACAUCGUCACUGUAAGAAAUUUAAUUACGUGUAGCUACAUAUUCAAUAAUAGGCCAAUUUAAGAGAUUUCAAUUGUAAUAAAAUGCAUCUGAUAGCAUAUAUAAUAAUCAUCAUGUACAUUGAUAACAA